UUUUCUAGGUAUGUACUUUGAUUUAAUGGAAAUAAUCCCUGCUGUUGUUGGUGACUAUAGAUUUAAUAAACAUAAUCAAAAGGUUUCAAGAUUUUCAAAGGAAGUAGAAGUUAGAGCUUUAAUAGAAGGACAGUUUUUAAGCAAGAGAAUACAUGCUGAGAAACUUGGAUACACCACAGGAAAAUCUUCAAGAGUAUUAGUCACAGGUGGUGCUUCUGCAAAUAAAUCAAUUAUACAAGUAUUAGCUGAUGUCUUUAAUACUCCAGUAUAUGUACAAGAAAUCAGCAACUCUGCAUGUCUUGGUUCUGCAUACAGAGCUAAACAUGGUUUAAUAGGUACUAAAUCAUUUGACGAAACUGUGGAAAUAGGACCAGAAUUUCAACUUGCUGCAAAGCCAAUGAAGGAUGCAGCUGAGAUAUAUGAUGCAAUGGCAGAAAGAUACAAACUACUUGAAGAAAUGAUACUUCAAAAACAAUGAAGUUUAUUUGAUCUACAUAGGUUUACUACUUAAUUAUUGAUUUUAAGCUUCAAAGUUUAAUAUUCUUGAAAUGACCUCUUAGCAUUCCAUUUGGCCUUAAAUUCAGUGCCUUCCAUUAAAAAUGCAAGCAUGUAUAUACUGUAGUAAUAUAAAUUAAUAUUAAAUAUUCCAUCCAAAAUUUGUUUAUAUAUUAAUAUUUCAAUGAAAAAAUUUUAUACUUUUUGAAUGAGAAUGAAUACAUUUACUUAGAAACUUUUGCUGAAAAAUUUGAGCACAUUAAUCAUAAAUCAUGAAAACUGAAGCAAAAAAUCAAAUUUUAUUUGUUGUUAAAUUUUGUUUUUGGAAGAGAAUUUUAAACGAGUCUUCCAAUUUUUAUAGUUUAUAGAAUUCUAUAAUGAAUAUGUUUAGUGUAAUAAACUUUUUCUAAUAUUUAUUAGUCUAAAAGUUAAUAAAUUCAGUCAAAAAUUUAAUGCUUUCUAAGUUUUAAUUCAUUUAAAAUGAAUUUCUUCAAUGUGUAAUUCUGUUACAUAUGUUAUUUAAUUAAAAAAUUGGAUAUAGUGUAAAGAAAUAUUUUUCAAGAUAGUGGUUUUUUUAAAUUUCACAUCAAAUAUUUUUAUGUGAAAUAAAAAUUUAGUAAACUUUAGCAAUUUAACUUUAAAAUUUUAUUUUUUUAAUAUAAAUUAUAAAUCAUUUAUUUUUAAUCAAUGGUAAUAUGCUGAAUCUCUGUACCCUAGUAUGAAGAUAAUCUUUUUAUUAAUAGAUUUAAAUGCAAAUGAAAUUAUGUAAAAUUUAAUUAUAAAAAAAAUUAUUGAGGGACCAAAGUAAUUUAUAAAUGCUCUAGUCCAUUUAGGAAUUGUUUCCUUGCAUAUCUGUGCAUUUUUAAUUAAAAAUCUAAAUGCAGAACUCUUCCAUACAAUGCAUUUUCAAGGUUUGUGCACAAAAUUGUCAUGUGAUACUUUAUAAAUAUAGGCUCUAUAUUUGAUAUAUAUAUAUAUUUAUUACAGUAAUUAGUGUAAGUAUAUUAUUAAAUAAGAAUCAAACUGAUUGUUCGUUUGUCAUUAAAGCAUGCUAAAUUUAUCUUAAAAUUUCUACAUACAUUCUCAAAGAUUAAGUAUUAUGUAUUUAACUAUAUGAUUACAUUCUUAUAUAGUAUCAAAUACAUGAAAAUAACUACAGUAUUUAGUAAUGUCAAGUGAUUACCUUAAUAUUAACCUAAAUCUAGCAUAUACAAUGCAUCUAUAAUUGGAUAUAAAAUUUAAAAAAAAGUGUUAAAAGAUGAGUGUUCUUUUCUUAUUUUUACUUUUCCUUUGUACUAAUCUUCUCUUUGUUGUACUUCUACGUCUUUCCUUUCUCCUUAGCUUGGAUCAACUUCAAAUAUAAAAAGAAUAAUUCAAAGCAAAAAGUAAUCAUUUCUUUCAUUAGUCUGAUUGCAGGAUACUUGUUUUUCAAGAAAGCUUUUUGCAAAAGAUUGAGAUCAGUAAAGACAGUGCAGAAAAUGCUUUCAAGAGUGGUGUCUCAAUCCAAAAUGAUAUCAGCAAAGUUAUUCAUUUUCUUAUCCAAAUGACUUAUCUUCUCUACUUCUGGAAGAUCAUCUUCCAGUUAGGGGUAUGGCUUUAUUUUGUUUUCUUAUUGCUAGAAUUAUUGAUCUUGUUACCUUUUGUGCAGAGCAAAAGCAGAAAAGGUACAAUGCACCUAUAUUCUUUUGGAUAUGACAUUUUAUAUUAUGUUUUUGUUAGCAAUGUAAAGUAAUUAGAAAACAUUGGUUUAAAUUUGAUAUGGUCUUAUGUGAAAUUUUAUUUUACGUGGACUUAUUGGAUUAAUGGUCCUACUACACUAGUGUAUUGGCUAUUAACAAGAGGAGGAGUUCUUAAUCAGAAAAUCUUUAUUUUUUCACCUGUAGUAGUUUUUCCUGUAAACAUAAUAUACGUGUUUUGGGCAAAUUGAUCCCUCUUCAGCAGUUUUACAACAACAAUGUUCUAGAAAUGUAUAGUAGAGCAUUGAUUAUCCAAAUAUCGAUCAACUGAGUGUUCCAGUCGGCAAAUUUAAAUUUCCACUAGUGCUGUGGUGCUGCUGCAAUAUUUGGCUAUGUCUUGAGC